AUGGCAAAUUGUUUUCGUACAGCUAAAAGAUUUAUAAAUACAUCUCAUUCUAAUCGCAGUAACGUUUUUAAUCAUGUCACAAUUGUUGGAGGAGGACUUAUGGGAUCCGGAAUCGCACAAGUAAGUGCUCAAUCAGGUACCAAUGUAACUAUAAUUGAAGUAAACGAAGAAACCAUAAAAAAAUGUAAUGCAAAUAUAAAAAACAGCAUUCAUAGAGUAGCAAAGAAGCUUUUUCAGAAUAAUUCUAGUGAAGCAGAAAAAUAUAUAGCUGAAUCAAUGGGUCGAUUGAAAAUUUCACUUGAUUUGGAAGAAACAGUAGCAAAUACAGAUUUGGUGGUGGAAGCUAUUGUUGAGAAUCUGAGUGCCAAGCACAGAUUAUUCUCUUCAAUAGAUUCUAUAGCUCCGGAACACACUAUUUUUGCAUCUAACACAUCAUCAUUAUCGAUAAGCGAUAUUGCUUCCGUGACCAAGAGAAAAGAUAAAUUUGGAGGAUUGCAUUUUUUUAAUCCAGUGCCAGUAAUGAAAUUACUGGAAAUAGUGAGAACAAAUGACACUUCAGAAGAAACAUAUCAAAAAUUGUUAGCUUGGGGAAAACUAAUUGGGAAAACUACCAUUACUUGCAAGGACACUCCAGGUUUUGUAGUUAAUAGACUUUUGAUUCCCUAUUUGGCCGAGGCUGCUAGAAUGUUAGAAAGAGGUGAUGCUUCUGCCAAAGACAUAGACACAGCCAUGAAAUUGGGAGCAGGGUAUCCUAUGGGACCAUUAGAAUUAUUGGAUUAUGUCGGCUUAGAUACAACUAAAUAUAUUUUAGACGGUUGGUAUAAUAAAAAUCCUAAUAAUCCGAUGUUUUCGCCCGUCAACAUCUUACAGAAAUUGGUUGCAGAAGGAAAAUUGGGAAAGAAAACGGGAGAAGGUUUUUACACAUACAAGAAUGAAUAUACUUGUGUGUUUGCAUUUCGUAGGAAUGCUGGAAACAUUAAUUUCAUUUAUUCACCCUAUUUUGAAAACUUGGCAAAUACCGAAACUAAAAAUCCUCAAAAAAGUAAACCUACAUUAAACAUAAUAUCUCCUCAACCGGAUGAAUCUCUAUUAAAAAAUCAAUCAAAAUCCUGUAAAACAAAAAAAGUCAAAUCCGAAAAACCAUUCAAUCACAGAUUGUUACGCAGUCGACAAUCUUUAAAAUCAGAAAGAUUAGAAAAGUUGAAGAAAGUUGAAAAAAUUAAAACUUAUGGAAGUUUAAAAAGUUCACACGUGGGCCCCAUCAAGUACUUGUAA